CGCUGAGCCCGCAGCCGAGCGCCCCGCAGCCAGCCCCAAAGGAGAGCGGAGGAGGCGGACAGCCCGUCGGGACGCAGCCGGAACCGGAGACCAUGUCCGGGCGGCCCAGGACCACCUCCUUCGCGGAGAGCUGCAAGCCGGUGCAGCAGCCCUCGGCGUUCGGCAGCAUGAAAGUCAGCCGAGACAAAGAUGGCAGCAAGGUGACUACAGUAGUGGCAACUCCUGGACAAGGUCCAGACCGACCGCAAGAAGUUAGCUACACGGACACCAAGGUGAUUGGAAAUGGAUCUUUUGGUGUUGUGUAUCAAGCCAAACUCUGUGAUUCGGGAGAGCUUGUGGCCAUUAAGAAAGUCCUGCAGGAUAAAAGAUUUAAGAACCGAGAGCUCCAGAUUAUGAGAAAGCUGGAUCAUUGUAACAUUGUCCGAUUGCGUUAUUUCUUCUACUCCAGUGGAGAGAAGAAAGAUGAAGUGUACCUCAACUUGGUGCUGGACUAUGUUCCUGAAACAGUAUACAGAGUUGCCAGACAUUAUAGUCGGGCCAAACAAACACUCCCUAUGAUUUAUGUCAAGUUGUACAUGUAUCAGCUGUUCCGGAGUUUAGCCUAUAUCCAUUCCUUUGGGAUCUGCCACCGGGAUAUAAAACCACAAAACCUCUUGCUGGACCCUGAUACAGCUGUCCUUAAACUCUGCGACUUCGGAAGUGCAAAACAGCUGGUUCGUGGAGAACCUAACGUUUCAUACAUCUGCUCUCGGUACUACAGGGCACCAGAGUUGAUCUUUGGAGCCACCGAUUAUACCUCCAGUAUAGAUGUGUGGUCAGCGGGCUGUGUAUUGGCUGAACUGUUACUAGGACAACCAAUCUUCCCAGGUGACAGUGGUGUGGAUCAGUUGGUGGAAAUAAUCAAGGUUCUGGGAACGCCUACAAGGGAGCAAAUUAGAGAAAUGAAUCCAAACUAUACUGAAUUUAAAUUCCCUCAGAUUAAGGCACAUCCAUGGACUAAGGUCUUCCGGCCCCGCACUCCACCAGAAGCAAUUGCGCUAUGUAGCCGUCUGCUGGAGUACACCCCCACUGCCCGCCUGACUCCCCUGGAGGCCUGUGCACACUCUUUCUUCGAUGAACUACGGGACCCAAACGUCAAGUUACCAAACGGGCGAGAGAAACCUGCACUCUUCAAUUUCACCACUCAAGAACUGUCAAGUAACCCAUCUCUGGCUUCGAUCCUCAUCCCUGCUCAUGCUCGGAACCAAGCAGCUGCUUCAACCCCUACAAACGCUACAGCAGCCUCAGAUGUUAAUGCAGGAGAACGAGUUCAGACCAAUAGUGUAGCUACAGCAUCAGCCUCCAACUCCACCUGAACCGGUACCAAGCAGCCAGCUGCACAGGAAAAUCACCAGUAAUUUGAGUCUUGCUCAGCAACACUGGUCACAUUUGGAAAGAAAAUUAAAAAGAGGAAAAAAAGCAACCAACCAACCAACCUGUUCAUUUUAGUGUUCAAUUUUUUAUUAUUAUUAUUGCUGUUCUUAUUUAACCUUGUAAAAUAUCUAUAAAUACGAACCAGUUUCAUUGUAUCUCACUCUGCAGGGUGUCCGGGGCAGGGACUAGGUGGGGGGAGGAGGGAACGCGGAGCAAUACAACACACCAGUGUCUCUCCCCUCAACAAUCACUUCAUGUUGGAAGUUUGCUGUUGUGUACUUCAGAACCAGGACUCUUGCCUCAUGCCCUCUCCCACAACGGAAAGAAGGAGAAAAAAAAAAAAAAAAAAAAAAAAAAAGGCAAAACAAAAAAAGAACCCCCAAACCUCAUUCUCUGCUGAAGUUCUUUUUUUUUAACCUCUUUUUUUAUUUUCUUUUUAAGUGAAGUUUCGGACUUUGAUGUAGUGCACAGCUUGAAUUUGGUCGGGAGCUUAGCAGGGGUCAUUCAACAGAGCUCAGCGUUCGGUGCCAGCGAAUCCACGCCCCCGGCCGACCGACGGGCGACUGACAGCUGCCCUGGCUGGCAUGGUAGGACAUAGGCUGCCUGGGGGAGGGGGGAGGCUUACGUGUGUCUUAAGGCUUGAGCUGCUAGUGGCAGACUUUCCUUUCACAAAUCAGUGCUAGCGAUGAAGAGACCUGCAGCUUCCUUCCAAGAGGAGCCCUUUGCACGGCUCUAUAUAAUAUAAUACACACACAGGCGGAGGCGAGCGGUUGUGGUUGGGGCAGCGGAGGGGAUGGCGAGGGCCGGGCUGAGAGGUGCCACCGCCUGAGCGAUUGUCCAGUCCCAAUUGGAAUAGGCUUCCCUUUCCCGAGAUGUACAGGAAAAGGACACCGGGAUUUAUAAUGUGAACUGUAACAGUCUUCUACUGGUUUAUUUUGUAAUAUUUUUUAACUGCAGCUUUAACUCGCAGGAUGCCACAUUCUACGGUAGCUCUGAUUUUAAAUCCACGGCUAGAGUCUGUAUUUAAAUUUCAUCUUUUUAACCUCUUUGCUUUUUUGAUCUCUAUUUAUUGAUGCGCGUUGCCACGUUGCCAUUCUGUUUUUACAUCGGUAGAAUAUUAAUAAACUACACAUCGGAGUGCUAUCAA